AUGCCCGACCGACCACUGCGAAUAGCUGGCUAUGCCGCCGGCGCGUCGCUGGCGGCAGUCACGUUGAUCUACUGUUUUGGCCCGACGUUCUUCCUCGACGACGAAGCGGCCAAUAGCUCGCGGUCGAGCCGGAAGAAGGGCGUGGUGGGGUUGGUGAAUCCGGCGAAUGACUGCUUCAUCAACAGUGUGCUGCAGGUUCUGGCUGGUCUCCCGGAGUUGCGGAUCUAUUUGAUCAGGGAGAUGCAUAGGCGGAAGCUCGAUGGGCCGGAAUUGUACGAGGACCUCACGGCGGCGUUGGAGGAGCAAGCGAGGAAGAAGGAUAGUAAGCCCGUGCCGGAGUGGAAGUUGCUGGGGUUCCAGCAGGGACUGGUUACGGCGGGGUUGAAGGAGGUGUUGGAUGCGUUGAACGAGAGGCCGAUUUAUAAAAAGACGAUCAGUGCGCAGCCGUUCAUUCGGGUGGUGGAGCAGUCGUUCAAGACGAGGAUUAGCAGGAGUCAGCAGGAUGCUCAAGAGUUGCUGCAAGUCAUUGCGGAGAGAUUGGCAGAGGAGCAUUAUGCGGGCAGGAGAGCGAGACGGUAUGCGAGAUCGCAUGGACUUGCACCCGGGCGAGGGGAGACAAGUAGGGAGGCAGACGAGACACCAGCAAAUGGGGGAGGAGAGGCAGAUGCGACAGUCUCUAACAAAGACUCGACGGUUGAAGGACUGCCACUACCACAAGACACCAAACCACCUUCCAUCAACGGAGAAGCAGAGGCAGGGCAGCUGAAGUCAAGCAUUGAGGUGACACCGCCAUCCAACCCUGACGAAACAGCGGACGAAGAAGACGAGAUAGGCAGCUUUCCACUCGAAGGCCGGCUGGACUCGCUCGUCGAAUGCUCACACUGCGGCUUCAAACCUCGACCGACCAUCUCUCCCUUCGUUACUCUCACCCUGAACGUACCCCCAGACACGAGCUCCACAACUCUCAACGCUUGCUUCGAUCUUCUUUUCAAACAGGAGCAGAUCGAUGACUUUGUCUGCGAUAGGUGUCGUCUCGAUCAUGCUUUACAGGUCAACGCGAAGCAGCUGGCAAAGCGUGGCAUAUCCGACGGAGAACGACAAGCUCUGGAAGCAGACAAGCAGAAACUCGAGACUGCCUUACGAGAUGACCCCGAAACACCUCCCAAGGAUGUGAAGCUCCCUGACCUCGCGACUGCUCCGAAACGCCGCAUAUCACGGCACAUGCGCAUAUCGCGCUUUCCCAGAGUCUUGGCUCUCCACCUCAGCCGCUCCGUAUACUCAGACUCUUACUCCACAAAGAACAACGCGAAGGUCUCGUUCCCAGAAACACUUCCCCUCGGCGGCCUGCUCGACCGCAAAACGUACCGCCUCCUCGGCGCAGUCACGCACAAAGGCGGCCACAACUCCGGACACUAUGAGACCUUCCGGCGACAGUACUUGAGCCCACCCUUCUCCACCCCGGCUUCGAUGGGCAAGGACGGCAUCUUCAGCAUGCGCUCGAGCCCCGUGCCCAGUCCACGCAUGUCAGCAGCACCCAGUCCUCGUCUGAACGGGAGAAGCUCGCGAGAAGCGGACAGUCCGACGUCCUCACCAGACCCCCAACUCCUCUCCACGCCAUCGUUGGACUCGCCUACGAGCUCAUCUGCGUCAAGUCGCUCUUUCCCAUACCUGAGCCAGGAGCGGCAGAAACAAGCACCCACCAGCGUUCCCCUAGACGCCAUACCCACUCCAGGUCUACCAACGCCUCCACCGCCUCGCUCAGCAGACUCGAGUAGUCUGAAGCGACAGUCCAGCUUAUCAACCGCUCUAUCGCGCGGCAGACGGAAAGCGGGCCCGGACCGCUGGUGGAGGAUUAGUGACGAGAAGGUCAAGGAGGGCAAGACGAGCGAUGUGUUGGGCAUGCAGAAGGAGGUGUAUUUGCUUUUUUAUGAGAUGAUUGAUGAGAGGCUUGUGUGA